CUUUCUUUUCUCCCUCCCCCCCCAUCACACAACCAAAGGGUCGCAAAGCUGUUGCUGGAGUUGUCUCAUGAGUUUCUCGUUGGGAUAACGCCGCCCGGACCCGUCAAUCUUUUUUUGUGCAUCACUCUUUUUUUCUUCCGUUUUCCUCCACUCCUUCCUUCUUUUCGUCACUCUCUUAUCACCCCCGGAAUCGCGGCGACAGUCUCUCCUUGCGCCGCCAUUUCCAUUAUCCCGCGUUCUCUCAGCACCAGUACGGAAUAACCUCAUCACGCUCCGGUACGAAUACCGCCCACGAACCGCAGACCGCCACCAUGUUCAAGCGCUCGUUUCGAAGCCGCGACGCCAGCACCUCCCAGCGGGAGGCUGCCUCGACGGCGAUGGAUUCGCAACACCGGGUGGACAAGUCUGCGAGGCUGACGAGGAAGGGUGCCACGCGGGAUCCGCAGAAAGUGUCGAAAUUAAAACGGUCGCUCAAAGGCGAGGACACCUCGCGCAUGCAGUCGGAGCAGGCGAGGCCCGCCGAUAAGCCAAUCGCCCCCUCGCCCAUCGUCACCCUCGUGGUGGGCCGGGAGGCGCGGCUGUUUGCAGCGCACGAAGACGUGCUGCGCCAGGCGCCUUUUUUCGACAAGGUCCUGCGCAGCAUCUACGUCGAUGCGCAGAAUAGGAAGAUUGCGCUCCCGGACGAGGAGCCGGAGGUCUUCAGCGCGAUCCUCGAGUAUCUCUACAAAGGCGACUACUACCCGCGUCUGCAGCACAACAAGCAGCGCAACUCGUGGGAACUCGAGGAUUCGCUUCCCCGUCGGGCCACACCACAAACCUCCCCGACGAUCCACGAAUCACCAAAAAUCGGAGGUGGUCGCGCAGGGCAGACACCCCAGACCCCUUCGGCUGUCGAGGCGACCGUGUACCUCUCGAGCGUCAACCAGCACCUGCUCCGCGACACGGUGAUCUACUGCGCCGCGGAGCGCUAUGGACUGGAGGAGCUCAAGAGGCUGGCGCUGCGGAAGCAAGGAUUGCAGUCGGGCAUCGACGUCGGCACGAUCCUCCGCAGCGCGCAAUACUGCUACGCCCACACCCCCGACUCAGACAGCCGCCUGCGCGCUCAUUACCUGGCGCUCAUCAUCCGGUGCCGCAAGACCUUCAAGCGCAGCGGCACCAUGCAGGCCGAGAUGGAGAAGUCCGGCAGCGACGUGUACGGCGAGGGCAGCGGGAAGCUCUUUUUCGACCUGUUCGUUGCCAUGUGCAACCACCUCGACGACGUCAUUGAGGCGAGCAACGUGCGGACCCCAAAGACCAUCUGAGAGGCUGGGCUCCUUGCACAUAAUGCGUAACGAACAGGUUCCUGGUUUUUUUCUUCAGGCGUAAACGGGGAACACUUACCGAGCAGCGGAACGGGUUCAUCAGGGGUUGUGUCUUUGUUUGCUCGUCAACAUCCGGCGUUUG